AUGCAGCAGAUAGCCAACCUCUACCACAACCCUAGCCUCUACUACAAUCCUAACCCCAGCCUCUACCACAACCCUAACCUCUACUACAACCCUAACCCCAGCCUCUACCACAACCCUAGCCUCUACAACAACCCUAACCCCAGCCUCUACCACAACCCUAGCCUCUACUACAACCCUAACCCCAGCCUCUACCACAACCCCAGUCUCUACUACAAACCUAACCCCAGCCUCCACCACAACCCUAGCCUCUACUACAACCCUAACCCCAGCUUUACGUCUACAUCUCGGUUCAACUCUAACCCCAGCCUCUACCACAACCCUAAUCCCAGUUUUAAGUUUACAUCUCUGUUCAACCCUAACCCCAGCCUCUACCACAACCCUAGCCUCUACUACAACCCUAACCCCAUUCUCUUACACAAUCCUAACCCCAGCCUCUACCACAAUCCUAACCCUAGCCUCUACCACAACGCUAGCCUCUACUACAACCCUAACCCUAGCCUCUACCACAACCCUAACCCCAGCCUCUACCACAAUCCUAACCCCAGUCUCUACCACAACCCUAGCCUCUACUACAACCCUAACCCCAGCCUCUACCACAAUCCUAACCCCAGCCUCUACCACAACCCUAGCCUCUACUACAACCAUAACCCCAGCCUCUCACACAACGCUAACCCCAGCCUCUACCACAACCCUAGCCUCUACUACAACCCUAAACCCAGGCUCUCACACAACCCUAAUCCCAGCCUCUACCACAAUCCUAACCCCAGCCUCUACCACAACCCAAGCCUCUACUACAACCUUAACCUCUACUAUAAACCAACCAGCUUCUACCACAAACCUGACCCCAGCCUCUGCCACAAACCUGACCCCAGACUCUGCCACAACCCUGACCCCAGCCUCUACCACAACCCUAACCCCAGGUCCCUAGCAGGGUAUGGUGCAUGGAUGGUGGAUGCCCAGGGGUCCUGCUGCUGCCUAGAGGCUCAGUAA